GUCAUUGCCCCUCUUGGCUUGCGGACUUGGCUUGCGGAGUGGGCGCUUUGGCUCUCGCGCUGCCGCACUUGGAAUGUGGAGGAUGUGCAACGCCGAGCCUCUUUCAUGACCACCAGACCAAAUAAUGGCUUCACAGAAUUCCUGUGCUCUCUUGCUGUCACUCCACAGCGCAGGUAACGCGCUGCAAACAAAGUAAAGCAGAGAAUAAGACGAACGAGGACAAGACGCAAUACUACCAGCUUUAAGCUAGCUAUCGAAGGCAUUGGUUCAAGACUGUCACUCGACUCUAACCAGCUAAUCGUUGGGGCACCAUUUUCGAUGUUGCAACCAAAGCCGUCGUCUAGUAGCGACGAGGAAGACAGUUACCCCGUGAUGGCCGCGGCGUCAAUACUGGCCUCUGCUGCUGCGGACAGCAGCAGCACGAAAGAUCCAACAACCACAGAGGGAGAAGAAAAGGCGACCACAGAGGGAGAAGAAGAAAAGAAACCUGAAAUUGCGGAAGCCAGAGCCCCGGAUCAAGAUCCGCAGGAGCCUUCAACAACUGUCACCCAUGAGCAGCGCUGGGAGGCGAUGUUUCAUCGCUUGGUAGCUUACAAAGCGAAGCACGGUCAUUGUCUCGUACCCAACAGAUAUGCGGAAGAUACCCAGCUUGGAUCUUGGGUUUCGGCCCAGAGACGGCAAUAUAAGAUUGUCACAAGUGGUGGAAAUGAGUCGGCUGCCAUGACACCGGAACGCGCCCAGAAACUGAACGAUAUUGGCUUUGAGUGGACCACAACCAACCCAAGGAAUGUCCCUUGGGAGACUCGGCAUGCCGAGCUUAAAAGCUUUGUGGCCAAUUAUGGACACGCUGAAGUGCCCAUGAGAUGGGAAGAGAAUCCACAACUGAGCAACUGGGUCUCCAAGCAGCGGCAUCAAUACAAACUUUUGCAAUCCAAUAAACCAUCGCGUUUGAACGCGCAUCGAGUGAAACUCUUGAAUGACGUGGGGUUUGUCUGGGAAGCUUCACGGCGUAGAUUGACGGGUGACGACGAGGAUGAUGGCGGCGACGACGACGAGGAGGAUGACAGGAAGCCGCCCGCAGGCGGUGGCAGUAGAAAGAAGCCAAGGGUGAGGGAUCGAUCGGAUGAAGGGUCCAACGAUGGCGAUAGUAAGAAAGGGGGGGAUUCGGGUUUUGCAGCCGGUAGACCUGGUCCUCUUGCAACCAAUCCCUCUAUGCUCUCGCCACAACAGCAAGCAAUAGCAAACCCAGCGCAACCGUUUGCGGGGCAAGCCAUGCAAACCAACUUGGGCCUCUGGGCGGCCAUGGCAAGCAGCCAAGCUAGUGGUUUCAUGCAACCGGGACAGAUGCAGCUCGCCAUGGGUGGGGGAGCCGCAUUCAAUCCAGCCUUCUUCCUUCCAAAUAUGAUGCAAAUAGGGGCCAGCUCAGCCAUGCAGGGUGCAGCAGGAAUGUCAUUUCCUGGUCAAAUGGCAGCAUCAAUGAUGCCGGCAGGAAUGGGAAUGGCUGUUGUGCAACAACCCAACGCUUCGUUUGGGAUGAAUACAACGCCACAACAACAAGGUCUCACUGCUGGGUUCCAACCAAGUAAUCUGCAACAACCGCAGCAACAGGCCAUGGGCGGUGGUGGGUUUCAACCGAAUCUUCACCAGCAGCAACAAGCCAUGGUCCCACCGAAUGCACAACGCGAUGCGUUGGCUGCCGGAAUACUGCAAAAUGUCCAGCUACAAGAAGAAAUGGGUCACGAUGAGGGACAAAACCAUGGUGCUGAUGACAAAGAAGGAGGGGCUUCUAGAUAGAUAGAGAAGGUGGCCGAGAGGCAUGGUUUUUUUGUGGCAACGCGGAGACGUUCUCGCUGUCCACACUGAUUUGAUUUUGCCUCCUUUCUCUGGUCAGACUUCCAUCGUGGUACCGUAGGCGACGAAAGCCACGGAGGCACAACUGGGAAACUGCACCAUUAAGGUGUUCUUGUUGUGUCUGUAGUUGCCCGGAGAAAGCAAAUAAUUAUCGAGCCUUGCGAGGUGGACUUCAGCGGGUCUCCAGGACGCUGGUCGGUGUUGGUUGUGGAUCCGCACGGCCGCAAUGGAAAGACUUUAAUUGCAAGAACCGAGAUACACCACAAGAGGACGCUACAGCCAGUCCACACAAGCACGGAUCUAUCAACUGAUCUAUCUAUCUCAAUUUUUGCGCUUUCGGUCACUGAAUCAAUCAAAUGAUGAAUCGAAUCAUUCUUAAUAGAGGACGAGCGAAAGCAGACUUCCGGCUCACGUGCAAAGUGCCAUGGUGGUCGAGCUUCUGAUUGAAUUCUUCAAAACAGCACUUCUAAGAACCUGGGUGGUACGAUACUAGCUAGCUAGCUAGAGUACCACCUCCAAACCAGAAACCAAAUGCACUGUCAUGUGUCCUGCGGUUGUGCGGCACCGGUAAGGCGGCUCAAGUCCUCGACUUUUCACGGGCGGCUUCUUUUUUGCGGGGACAGCCAUUCUGGUUCGGUUGAGGGAGAGUUGAUGCACAUCACACUUCCUGAUAAUUGUUUCUCGGUCGAGGCUUGCAUUAGAAUGGAACUUUUUCAGAAAUAGUCAAGGCAUCAGAGGAAGCAGUAUGGCGGCCACAACUUGAACGUCUUUCUUGACGUGGCUAUCGAUUCGAGCCUUGUCAAAGUAGACACUUCUUUGCCGGCGUGUCGAUCAGAAGCUUUCACUGUCCGCCUUUGUACGGGUCACGAAAGAUCACAGAAGCGAGACAGUCGAGCGCAAUCAUAUCAGUUUCAGGGCGACCUCAUCCAGCGUUCCCUGUUCAGGACGUUGGGACACAACGCAUGCUGUGAGGGAAGUGAGUCGAGUCGGAUCUUUGCAGGAACAGUGCAGCCCCCAAACAUUCGGGGGUUAAUUUGAGGAGCUUGUCAAUCACUCCGUUACUUCCUUUCUUGCAGGCCAGAGGAGAGAUUCCCGUUGUCGUCGCAGACCCUGACUGAUGAUCCUUUCAGUUCGACGAGAAUCUCGAGCUUGUCUCGACGGGGACAAGAGAUUUGAGCUCCCAUCCCUACACUGUACAUCAAUCAUGGAUCUGCUUUGCUUUGAAUCGAUUUAUCAAUUUAUCAAUGCGAGGCGCCAUCUGUGAACCUGAGAUGACGGCAAGCGGAGGUUCGGCCCGCCAACAGAUGUUGCGAAGAGUUGAGUCCAACGGAGAAGCAGUCCCCUGGGGCCAACCACAGCCGACUCCAUUCUGCGGGAGAGAUGAUUGCCACCAAACUGAUGUUGAGUGCGCAGUCGAAGAUGCAGCGGAAACGACAACCCUCUCUGGGUAGCUAGCCGCAAUGUGAUGCUUGCUCCAGUAGAAGAUUGCGGAGUCAGGGGAUUCAGCAACAGCAACAACCCACAAUAGUGAACCCAUAAAUUCUAAGUAUGGACAUGCUGGAACACAACCAUUCUUGAGAAAACCUGCUGGACAUGCAUGGCUACAUCAAUCUUCCAGCAGGCCCUUUGGUACCAUUUU